AUGGGUGGUGGUUUCCGCAUCUGCCUAAGGGCCAACCCACACACUGUGUUGCGCGCGCAGUUGCUGCCACACGCGCCUGAGAUCGAAGUGACAUUUGAGCUGGCCUCGCUGAGCGGCGCGUGGUGCAGGAGCGGUGGGGGCGGCGGCAUCAUCCGUAAUGACUUCGAGGGGCCACACCCCGAUGGCUCGUACCGCUGGGCGCUACAGACAGAUGAGGGCAUAUUCCACGAGCAGCGCGGCAGCUUCCCGCCCAACGCGGAGCACGAGCCCAGCCUGGUGGUGGAGGGGCAGUAUCAGUACACUGCGCCUGACGGACAGGUGAUAAACGUGCUGUACACGGCUGACGAGUACGGCUUCCACCCCACUGGCGCGCACCUGCCCACGCCGCCUCCCAUCCCGCCCGCCAUACAGCGCUCGCUCGACUACAUCGCUCGAGUGAACCAGAACCAGCUGUAG